AUGGCCCCGCACCCGCCCGGCGCCGGGCAGUACCUGCGCUCCGACAGCGGCGGCUCCGACACGCCCAUGCUGGCCGAGGGUGCCGCUGCCGGGCCCGCUCCCGGCCACUGUCCCGGUGCCGGUCCGGAUGGCGGCCCCGGUGCGGCGCGGGGGCAGCGGCGGCGGCGGUGCGGGCCGCUGUGGGGCAGCGUGGCCGUCAUGGCUAUCCUGGCGCUGCAGAUCGCCUCCACCACCGGCCUCUUCGUCUACUUCACCAUGGCCAUCUCCAAGCUGAAGUCCCAGGCUCCGGGCAGCGCAGAGGAGCUGCGGUGUCUGCAGGUGCUCAAUCAGCAGCCCGAGGGCUCCAGCCUGGAGAAGCUGAGCAGCAGCCAGGGCUGCCUCAAGCUGGCCAGCACCAUCAAAGCCUAUGUGGCCACGGUGACCGAGAACAUCAUCCGCAGGAGCGCUGUGAAGGAGGCCUGGCAGAACUACUUCAACACCUCGGAGGGGCAACUUCCUCCCAAAACACCUGGGAAACCCUCAGCACAUCUCACCCUCCGCCCACAGAGCCUGGCUCAGGAUGGACGCUCCCAGCGCUCCGGGAAUCUCUCCCAGUCGUGCCGCCACGCCAUCACGCACUGGGGGCACGGCAGCCUGGUGUCCCACGUGCAGAACAUGACGUACCGGGCGGGGCGGCUGCGCGUGGAGCAGCCGGGCAAGUACUACGUGUACGCGCAGAUCUACUUCCGCUACCGCGGCGCCGGCCGCGACUCGGGCCCGCAGCUGGUGCAGUGCAUCCAGUGGCAGCCGGCCCACAGCCCGCCCGUGCUGCUGCUCAAGGGCGUGGGCACCAAGUGCUGGGCGCCCGAGGCUGACUACGGGCUCCACGCGCUCUACCAGGGGGGACUCUUCGAGCUCAAGGCCGGUGACGAGCUCUUCGUCUCCGUCUCCUCCCUGGCCAUCGACUCCAGUGACGCGGCCGCCAGUUACUUCGGGGCCUUCCGGCUCGACCUGUGA